CUUGAGGAUCCGGCCCCUCAGCGAUGCUGAGCAGGAAGAGGGGGCCACAAUUGUGGCCCACAGAGUGGAUGACCAGAUGGUGGUUCUGAUGGAUCCCAUGGAGGACCCAGACGACGUUCUCCGUGCCAAUCGCUCGAGGGAGAAGACUUACAUGUUUGAUGUGGCAUUUGACUUCUCAGCCAGUCAGGAGGAGGUGUACCGAGCAACAACAAAAGGGCUAAUUGAGGGCCUUAUAUCAGGCUACAAUGCCACUGUGUUUGCCUAUGGACCCACAGGUUGUGGGAAGACGUACACGAUGUUGGGGACAGACAAGGAGCCAGGCAUCUACGUUCGAACUCUGAAUGACCUGUUCCGUGCCAUCGAGGAGACCAGUGAUGACAUGCAGUACAGCGUCUCUAUGUCCUAUCUGGAAAUCUACAAUGAGAUGAUCCGUGAUCUCCUGAACCCAUCCUCAGGCUUCUUAGACCUAAGAGAAGAUUCUAAAGGGGUUAUUCAGGUUGCUGGCAUCACAGAGGUAUCUACCAUCAAUGCUCAAGAGAUCAUGGAACUGCUCAUGAAGGGCAACAAGCAGCGCACCCAGGAGCCGACAGCCGCCAAUCAGACCUCGUCUCGCUCCCAUGCUGUGCUGCAAGUAGCUGUCAAACAGCAGAGCCGCUGUCGUGACGUCCUGCAGGAGGUCCGCUUUGCACGCCUCUUCAUGAUCGACCUUGCCGGCUCCGAACGAGCAGCACAGACUCAAAAUAGGGGUCAGCGUUUGAAAGAAGGGGCCCACAUCAACCGUUCCCUCCUGGCUUUGGGCAACUGCAUUAACGCCCUGAGUGACAAAAAUGGCAACAAGUAUGUCAACUAUCGAGACAGCAAGUUGACUCGUCUGUUGAAGGACUCGUUGGGUGGAAACAGCCGAACUGUCAUGAUAGCCCAUAUUAGCCCCGCCUCCGUGGCUUUUGAGGAGUCUCGUAACACGCUGACGUACGCAGACCGUGCCAAAAGCAUUCGAACACGGGUGAAGAAGAACAUGAUUAAUGUGUCAUACCACAUUGCUCAGUACACCAACAUCAUCUCAGACCUGCGCUGUGAGAUCGAGCGGCUCAAAAAGAAGAUUGCCGAACAGGCAAGUCGCCAGGUCAGCUCGGACCGUGCUGACAUUCGCCAUGUUCAGGCAGAGGUCCAAGCUCACUCCAGCCAGCAGAGUCGGGGGGAGAUGGACCUGUUGAGGGAGCAGCUUCUGGAUGCCUUCCGCCAACAGAUGGAUAUCAGGAAGAGCCUGAUGGAGCUGGAAAACAGCAACAUGGAGAUCCAGAUUGCCACCUCCAAACACGUUCUCACCAUUACAGACUGGGAGCAGGAGCAAAGCCGGCGCAGGAGAAAAUGGCGUGCAGAGAGGAGGAAGGAAAGUGUCAAUAAGGAUGAGAGUGAGAAGGACUCUGACUCCUCAGAGUCCCCUCCAGACAGCACGCAGACCCAGGAGGUGGGGAUGGCUCGAGAAAAUCUGGUUGCACUCAUGGCUGAACAGAAAAGGAUUCAGAAAGAGAAGGUGUUGCUGGAGCGUAGGUUUCUGGAGCUUCGAGACCAGGCCCGACGCUUGGAGGAACUGCUGCCUCAGCGGGUAAGCUCGGAGGAGCAGCGCGAGGUCCUAAGCCUUCUCUGCAAGGUCCACGAGCUGGAGAUUGAGAAUGCAGAGAUGCAGUCCCGCGCUCUGCUCAAAGACAAUGUGAUCCGGCAGAAAAACUUUGUGGUGCAGCGCUUUGAACAGCACAGACACCUGUGUGACGAGAUUAUUAAGCAGCAGAGACAGUUCAUUGACGACCACAGUCUGCCCAUCCCGCCACACCUGCAGGAGCUCUAUGAUAUGUACAUGAGGGAACUGGAUGAGAGGAAACUGGAGAGAGCAAUUGCCCUAGAAAAGGUGAACAUCAGACAGACUGUCAAGGAGGUCUCUCUGCCUAAGAUCGCCUUGCCUGGUCAGGGUCGUGACAACGUGCAGGACGUAGAUUCAGACCAGGAGAGCAUACGCAACAUGUCGUCAGAUAACAGGCGAGGUCAAACCAGAAUACGUAGACACACUCUGCCUCCCAUUCUACCCGAACCUGAGCUAGACAAUAACAGAGUUUUCAAGUGCAGCCCUCAUGCCAGGCAAAUGAAAAAUUCAGCUGUAAUGACCCCACCUCCCAUCCACAUCAAUGGCAAGGGCAACAGAGAGCUGCAACCUCUGGCUCCUGAAAGCUUUCUGAGUUACAGCCAUCUUAGCCACAGUGUCAGCAGCCACCUGGACUCAUCCCCUGAGAGCAGUGAGGCCGGGGCUGAUAUCCCCCUCUCACUGCAUGAACGGCAGCAGAUUCUAAGAGGGGUCCAGAAUAUUGCAGUAAAAGCAGCCCGUCGGCGCUCCAAAGCGCUGGAGGUGGAUGUCUUGCGGAUACCUCCUGCAGCAUCUCCCCUGGACCCCAAGAAGCAGAAGAGCAACCUUUCUUUAAGCGAAGCUCCCACUACAGGUUUGCCAAUGAGGCGCGGCAGGCAGCCCAGCCCCGAGCUCAGACAUGCCACUUCAGACGACAACCUGUCCAGCAGCACCGGGGAGGGGUCAGGCCUGCAGGUGACCUGGACACGCCCACGUAACCGUCAGGUGGUCCACAAGAACCAAACUCCCCGUGAGGCAGACUUUGAAGGUCGCCGCAAAAAAAGACGCUCACGCUCUUUCGAGGUCACAGGUCAAGCAGUCCCUCAAACCAAGACGAGCACAGCUCAGAGGUUUCGCCCUCUGGACAGCAUAUCAGACCCUCAUCUCCACAUUAACGGUCAGCCCCAGGCCUCCAUGCUACGUCCCCAGUACCGAGGGGUCCCUCCUCUCGCCAAAGUCAGGCCUCCUCACAGCAGCCUGCAAACAGGCUCAAAUGCGGAGUCCUGCACGGCCAAUAACCUGAAGCGAGGGCCCCAGCUACGGCAGCCCCAGCCCCUCCUCUACAUCACCACCACAGGCAUGGGUGCCCAACGCACACGCAGACACUGAGCUGGCACUGGCCAUGACUCCCAACACCAGCACUAACACCAAACACAACUGAGCCUGGAGGGGGAGCCCCCUCCUUAUCAGAGAUCUGAGAGCACGUAACCUCAAUAAAAUGAAGACUUAGUCCCUCAGUGAGUGACAUUACGCAAAAUUGUGACAGUAUGGCGCUGGAUAUCUUCACACAAGUCUCCUUUGUGCCUGUUGCUGUGGCCACUGAGGGUCAAGUGUUUCCUUUAGCUCGCUGUCAUUCUGAAUCAAGUCAGGAACAUAUCAAGUGUGUUCAUGUUUCUUAUGAGUGUAAAGGUUCAGUGCUUGUUAUGAACAGUGAAUGAUUGGUGUUAAUGGGCCUCACAGCAGUGAUGUGAAUAACAGUCCAAGGAAAAGUAUGGAUAUAUUAAAAUUGACAAUAUUACACAAAUGCUGAUGUUUAAAACGUAAAAUGAGCCAUGGCCUGCAGCUAAAGUGUUUCAACAGCAAUAUUUUAGUAGUGAGUUUAUUUCAACAUGACACACUGAUUUAUGAGAAAAAAGAAAUCUUGAUUAUUGUGCUCGUCAGACUUCAAGUUGUAUACCCCAGGUCUGCCUUUUCUUACCCACAAUACACUCUUUAAGUGUCAUGUUUGUGCAGAUAGUAAAAGAUUUUUUUUGUUUUUCAGAUUAGCUAGUUGUGGUUUCAGUGAAAUAUUUAACUGUUGCCUUUUACUUUUUCAUUCACAUUUUUCAUAA